AUGUGUGAAGAUUUUGAGGAUAAAUUAUUUAAUAUGAUUAGAACUAAUGAAUCUAAAAAUGAUUCAGGCAUCCAGGAAAAGCUGACAAUAGAUGAGUGUCUUCAGAAAGCAGGGGGCUUUGGUCGACUACGAUGGGCAAUGCUAGUUUAUGCAAUCCUUGCGAAGCAAGGAACGAGUUACUUCAUCUUUGCUCUUGCUUUCCUUGAGCUAAUGCCAGCAUUUGAAUGAAGAAACAGCAUUAAUGACCCUUUUGUGCCUUGUGGAGAUCUGAGCUCCUUGAGAUCCUCUUCAAAAAUAUGAAAAGAUCACUCAUUAAUAGAUAGAGACUUAUGGAGGAUAGACUACACUGAUUCCAAAAGCUUUCACAACUGGAUGACAGAACUCGAGCUCUUCUGCUACAGUGACUUCAUGAUCGGUCUUUUAGGCUCAGUAGUCUUCGUUGGAUUCGCACUAAGUGGAAUUUUACUGAAACAAGCUGACAACUUUGGAAGAAAAUGGACUGCUCUGAGUGGGAUUUUGGCUUCUUGAGCAAUAGCAUUUGUGUUGUUCUUUGCUAGAAAUUUGUAUGUGAUAUAUGUCUUCCUUUUCUUGGCAGGUCUCUUUAUUUAUAGAAAUGUUGCAGUGUACAUUCUUGUCCUCGAAAUGGUGCCUGAGAAAUAUAGAAUUUAUGCAAGUAGUUGAAUUCUUUCCGCUGAAGCAAUGUUGACAGUCCCUCCAAUAACAAUAUUCUUUCUCUCUGGUGGAAAGAACAUGUAUCACAUCCUUGCAGUUGGAGUUGGACUUUCAGUGAUCUCAUCAAUUUCAGCCUUCUUCGUUCCUGAAUCGCCGAAGUUUUUAUACGGGAAGAAAAGAUUUUCUGCUUUAAGAUCAAACCUAGCUUAUAUCGCAAGAUUCAAUGGAACUAGCAUGGAGAAUUAUAUUAUUGAAGGAGAAGUAGACUUUGAGAGUUCUGACCUGUCUUUAGAAAAACCAGUCUUCCAAAAAUCUUCCUCAGUAGAAUACAACCAAGAUAUUCUUGAUGAGCAAAGUUUAGACAAAGUUAAGAAAUCCGAGGAGGUGCAAUUUUUCAAUAUAGGCCAGCAGAAAGAAUUUUCAGUCAUGGAAGAACUCAAGAAUAGAAGGACUCUAAUCAAUUUGAUCUGUGUUAUUGCGAUUUUCUGAUCUGUGACUUUUAAUUAUUAUUUGAUAGGCUUCUUUCUGAAAUACGUUGGCGGAAACAUCUUUGUGAAUGGUCUCGCAACAGCUGUUUCAGAUAUCUGUGGGAAUUAUGCUGGAGCAUUUGUUCAAAAGCUUAUUGGAUCCAAGAAAACAAUUCUGCUAUGCCUAAUAAUAGGCUUAAUAGCAGCUAUUCCAUUGCUUUUCACAACAAAUCCAAUACUCAUAGCAGUGUGUGUAUUUGGAGGGCGUUUUUCAAUUCAAGGGGGUAUAACCAUUGCUUAUUUCUUGAACCCUGAGACUUUCCCUCCGCUUUUUGUGCCAUUCUCCUUUUCAGUGACUAAUUUAAUUUGAAGAGUGAUCAACAUUUUCGCUCCACAAAUAGCAGAGAUCAAGCCAAGACAGACACCUAUUAUUAUCCUGAUGUGCAUGACUGGUUUGGCUGUCAUAUUUGCCUUGAUCCUUAAGCCAGGAAUUAAAAGAUAGUUAAUAG